AUGCAGUGUACCGGUCUUGAGUCAAUAGGUGAGUUUCAAUGCGUUGGAUGUAGACUGAGGCUGACUGUUGUCGUUCCACUCGAAAAUUCAUCUUGGAUUCUGCAGAUUCAAGAGGAAAGCGAUUUGAAGGACCUGCUAGCCCAUGAGAACCAAGUCCGACCUGUAACAGGAGCCGCGCUGCCGGUGGAGCAUGAGGAGCUAUCCCAGGAAGCUCUGCCCGUCGAACCUGAGUUGAGUCCGGUGAAGGACAGAGUCGGCAGAGUUCGACCGGAUGGCGAUGGAGCUGUACAUGUGGGAGACGCGGGGGAUGUGGAGGAAGUAGCAGGCAGCGAAGCAACACAGGUGGAGGUGGAGGAGGGGAAACAGGGAGAGGGGCAACAGCAGGCUGUUGUUGAAGCCAAGACCGACGAUGCUCACCAAGAACCACGACUGCAGACUUGGACUAUGAGUUGCCCUACUGGGACGGUCGAUGAAGUCAGCUACAAGGAAACUCAGGGUAGGCUGAUGGAUGCUUCCGUUGAGCAGCGGACCAUGGGGUUUGCUCUAGCAUGGAACAGAUCGCGCAUGUACAGGCGGCUGUCGCAGAGUCUGGACGGGUCGAUGAGAGGAGCUCUGGUACACAAGGACUUCAACCCUCCGACAGUAGGAGAGGUGGAGGAAAUGAUCAAGAGCCUGUCGUCUCCCGUGACUCCCUCGAGAAGGAGCUCGGUCGGCAACAGCGGGAAGGAGUCGUUGACGAAGGAGGAGGAUGGGACGUCCGUGCUGCCCUUCUGGAAGGUCUCGGACGAACUGGAUGAGAUCAUCCGGUCGAACCAGGCGAGGAGCCUGAUCGACGAGGACGGGAAGUUUUCAGCUCUGAUCAAGAGUAGGAAGAGGAGGGAGAUGAUUCGCAAUUCCUCUGCCAUUGUGAUACAGCGAGCAGUCAGGAGGUACCUCCAUGCUAUCCACGAGAGGCCUUGGAUCGAACACCGCAAGGUGAAGGACAACGUCGGGAAAUGGAUCCAUGCUCUUAUUCCCCAUGGGACGGCGGACGGGAUGAAGGUGUUCAGGGACGAAGUACUGCUGUGCUCGUGGUGGAGGGAGAAGGUCCCUGAGCAGAGCAAGGAGGUGUUCGACCUGUCCAGAGCGAAGAUCCUGACGCAGCCUCGAUGCCAGGGCAGGAGCAUGCAGGGCAGGAUCAGCCUGCAUGAGGUACACGCCGAGACGUCAGCGAGGAGCAGAGAGCUUAACAUCAUGCUGGACCGGUACGCUGACGAGCAGAUCGAGCGGUGGAGGCAGAAGCUUGACCCGAUGUUCUCCACUACCUACGGGGAGGAGGAGGAGGGCAAGGGAGGAGAAACUCUCUCUACCGUCCUCUUCACUCCCCGCAACGAGAAGCGGUUGAGAGUCUACAGGAGCGGAGCAGAGCGCUCCAGAGUCUCUCCCCUCCACCUCUCCCGCGGGCUGGCAGCAGCUGACGCUCCUCCUCCUCCCCGCGUGAAGAUCCUCGGAGUUCAGCAGCCUGCCAUCCGAUCGUACUUCCAGAGGAAGCUCCAUCAUCUGCCCGGUCCAGUCCUGCGGCAGGAGGGCGGCGACAGCACUGAGCCGGCCCACGAGGAGGGGAUGAGCAGGAAGCAGGAAUGGAGAGAGUUCAAGCCUCGUCCUCCUCCCAAGACAGGAAGGGACACCAGGAGGCUGCCAAGGCUCAAGCACAGAAGGAAAGUUGAAGGAGGAGCAGGAGCAGGAGCAGGAGAGGCAGAAGGAGCCGGAGCAGGGGCAGGAGCAGGAGCGGGAGAAGGAGCAGGAGGGAGGAAGAACGUGUACGAUCGAUUGAUCAGUGUUCUCCGGAAGAUCGCGGAAUCUCUCAGGCUGGAAUCUUCAGCUGAGGGUCUGCUGUUUAAGAAGGAGCUCAUCUUCGAGAUCGAAUCUGUCAGUCAGGACCUCUGGGAGGUUGGGGAUGAAGCAACUGUCGGUCUGCUACAGAAGUCCAAGGAGGACAUUCAAGAAGCGCUGUACCUGGAAGUCCUGGCGGCGCUGCAACAAGGAGGUGAUUGUGAUGGAGAUGAUGAUGAUGGUGACGACGACAACGACGACAACGAUGAUGAUGAUGAUGAUGAUGAUGAAGAUGAAGAUGAUAGUGAUGAUGAAGAUGAAGAUGAUAGUGCAUUUUACAUUCAUAAGAAUGAUAUUGACGAUGACACAGACGAGGGAUGA